AUGACCUUUGGGAGCCAUCGCGGUGUUUCUGACGAGAAGCUGUUCGAGAUUGAGAACGUCGUUAUGAAACCUAUCCGAGGUCUUAAGGGCUUGAAGCCUAAGUUAAGAAUUGCUCGUCUCUAUUAUGGUUACGGCGUUUCCAAGCGCUUCGUGAAGGGUGUUUACGAGGAGUGGCAAAGCUUCUUCGAGCCUUAUUACAAUAAGGAGUACUGCUAUGGCACGGUGUCGUGGAAGAUUAAGAAUGGUCAAUCUAUUGACGCAAAGACAAAGGCUCCCUUCAACAUCCACACGACUAUUUGCGACACUGAUAGAGUCUAUCAUACAACUCUGAGCCUCUACUGCUGUAUCUACGAAGAAAGCCCGCUCUACGGUGAUGACUGGAAAACCGAAAGGGUCGGUGAAGUAAAGCUGUACUUUACAGACGCGGAGAUUGACGCAUCUCCCCGCAAAUAUAAUAAAAAGAAGAAGCAGUGGUACCGUAAUGUUAAUUACACUCUUGAGAUCGAUUUGGCCGCCGAUUAA